AUGAUUUUCCUAGCAUUGUUAUGGCUGUUGCCGGUCUAUGCUGCGGAAUGCACACCGCAGACCAAGUCCAUCCGGCGAGAAUGGGGCUCACUUUCUCGACACGAGCGUCUCGACUAUAUCAACGCGAUCAAAUGCAUGCAACAGAGACCGCCGCACUUGUCCUCGGAGGAAUAUCCAGCCGUGCGGCAUCGCAUGGACGAUUUUACCGCUACGCAUGUCAACUACGCCACGCAGAUUCACACCAACGGCGCUCUAGUAGGCUGGCACCGUGAGUUCCUCUGGUUGUGGGAGCAAGCCCUCCGAGACGAAUGUGGAUAUCGAGGAGCCGUACCCUACUGGAACUGGUCCCUCUACCCUGAUCUGGCCAGCAGCCCGCUGUUCGACGGUUCGCCUACCUCCUUCUCUGGCGAUGGCGACCCGAACGCCAACUACUGCGUGACCAACGGCCCCUUCGUCUCCAUGCAGACCCAUUUCUCCGACGGUAGCGGCGUCUCCUACGGACGGCCCGCCAACAAAUUCGACUACACGCCCCACUGUCUGCGCCGGCGACUCAACUCCACCAUGACCAGCGUCUACAGCAACGCAGACGCAGUCGCGCAGCUCCUCGCCUCUCCGGACAUCAUCGCCUACCAGGAGCGCAACGAUUACUACAUGGACCCAGUCAAGCGCGAGGAGACACUUGGUCUUCACCCAGCUGGCCACCGGGCCGUUGGGCUGACGAUGGCUGAUUUCUUCUCGUCGCCCCAGGAUCCCGUCUUCAUGCUGCACCAUGCGAUGCUCGAUCGGGUGUGGGCCAUAUGGCAAGCCCAGGACGGAGGCAAGCAGCGGUGGGCUAUCAAUGGAACCAUGAGUUUUUAUAAUGAGCCCACCACGCCUGAAAUUACCCUGGACACGGUUUUUGAAUUUGGGACGUUGGGGAAAAGCAAGCCGCUGCGCGAAUUGAUGGAUCCAGAGGCGUAUAGUUAUUGUUAUGGUUAUGAAUAG